CACCAGCGAUACCGUCAUUCCUGCCUCCUCUGCAGCUGCGACUUACAGCAAUGUCCCCUCGUCAUCUGUCCAACAACAGCCACUUUUAAACGACACUACAGAUCUCACUGCCGAUACUAGUCUCGGUCAACGGCACCCGCCGUCUUCUUUAGAAGACCACACCACCUCUUUACUACCGGCCUUCUCAGUUCCAGAGGCCAUCUCUUCGUCUGCAGAUCCUGACACAGCCAUGAUCUUCUCAGACUUUUACAAAGGGCCGCGGUCCCCUUUGUCUAGACUGCGUGGACAGAGUCCUCAGUCGCGAAAUCAAUCAGCAAACUCACCUCCUUGGCUUGCUCCCGAAUUUGAAGACCUGCUCAGCAAAGACAAGUACGCGCAGAAGGAUGCUAUCAAACGAUACUUAGCCGCCAAGGUCAGGACCAACUGGGGCUUUCAGUGGCCCCCGGUCAGCAAGUCUGAAAAGAAAACCGCAGAGAGGCCUUCUGAUUCGGAUGAACCAAGGAAUUCUACCGCAAAGGAUUCAGAACCUGAAGCAAUUAGGGUCGAUUCGGCCAAAGAUAUGCGAGAUCAGGCUUCUGAGGAUGCUGGCUACGCUGUUGAUAGCAAUGAUUUGAGCGAGGACCCUUCGAAUCAUGAAGACAUCGACGACGACAACGACGACGAUACGGAUUCAAUCUAUAGCGUUGUAUCAGAAGAUGCUGUCAAUUACCGUCCCCGCAUGGAAUGGUAUUCUGACCUUUCUGACGACGAGGCUGCCAUUACUUCUCUGGACAAGCUCGAGGCCACCGAUAAUGCCACCAAAAUCUCGAUCUUGGAGAAGCGAGCUCAACGCCGGAGAGCUGCUAGAGAUGAAAUGACGUGGAAUGAGGGAUUGGCAUGUUUCGAGGCACGGCGAAACGCUUGGACCGGCGCAAAGACCGUUCGCGUGCGCAGCAAACCAGUCUCCUCACCACCCGUGUCUCCUCGUUCUCCCCGGCGCUUUUUCUUCCGCCGCUCCAUCUCAGGAUCACCACCUUCGGCGGCUUUGAUCGAGCCGAACCCGCUUGGAAAUAGCCCUACAGGCACGAUAUCCGACAUCUCAUCCAUGAGCAAGCAAGGCUCUAGGGACUCUGACCGCGUCUCCGAUCGCUUGUUACCAGUUCAGACGUUGCUCCCUAUCCCACCCCCCAUCCUACCUCCCAACAAUUCAUUCCGAGCUUCCAUCACCCCUGCGAUUUAUCUUAGCCUCUAUGAUAAGGUCAUUCUCAACAAUUUACAACCGUCAUGCCCGAUCAACCUAGCGGAUAUGAUUCGUUCUUGCGUUACAGGAUGGAAACGUGACGGCGAAUGGCCUCCCAAACCAUCGGCUCCCGAGCCCAUUGUCGUUGCCAUGCGGCGUAAGAAGGCUAAGAAGGCAUCGACAACCACAGGGGGUUCUGUCGGCAUUACUGCGCGGAGACUGAGCUUUGGGCUGCUUGGCCGCGAUAAGGACGACGAAUAUCACGCCGGCAUGGGCAUUCGCAAAAGCCUUCAAAAAGUGCUUGGUUUGGGGGCACAACCGGAUGGCCAACACCAUUGAUCGUCACAUUUCGAAGGACAUAUAAGGUCCGAUGGCUGGCGCCCGACGAGGAGAUGAUGACUUCGACUAUUGUAUAAUGGCCUAGGACAUGAAAAGAUGUAAUGGGAGGCAGCGGCGUCUAGAGAAACUGGAAAUUGCCUUUUUGGUAUAAUGCCUGGGGGUGCUUUUUGUUUAUGACAUGCAGACACUGUAUUGGUGAGGUCUGUCUUAUAUACCCACUCAAGCGUAUAGGUUUGGCGAAGAAAAGGGAUUGGAUGGCUUCCGCUGCUCAUGGACUUUUUCUUUACAUUUUUUUUUAUGAUGAACGAAUAUUCUCUUAUACCGGGAGUGAGCAGCGAUUCUACUUAUAAUCCCCUCCUGAAAAUACGGGUAGGAGGGCGAUGAAGCUGGUGUAUGGAUUUUGCAUUUUCGCUCGGCGUUGCAUAGUUGGUAUGGGGCUUCAAAUAUCUCUUCUCAGCGUCUCUUUUUUUUUUGUUUCCUGUGACCUAUAAUAUACCUACGUGAAUAAUAUAUACACAUCGCAUC